AUGGAUUCUAAUUUAAAUACUGUUCGAGACAAUGUCUAUCAACUUGAAACUUAUUUCGAUAAGUUACGUAACGAAGUUAUUUCAAAGUUAAAUGAAUGUAGUGAUUCUAUCAAAUCUGCAAAAUAUUUAUGUCAUCAAGCAAAAGAACUAACUACCGUCUUAGAAAACAAGUUAAUUAAUACAUCGAAUGAAGAAAAAGAAUGGAAAGAUAUUAAAACUAAAUUAGCAACAACAUCAAUUAGAGGUAUGAUCAUACUCAAUGUAGGAGGUGAUAAAUAUACGACAAGUGUUGAAACAUUAACAAGUGAAAAAAAUACAUUCUUUACAGCACUCUUCUCCGAACAAUGGCAACUUGAAAGAAAUCCUGAUGAUAGAAGUAUAUUCAUUGAUCGAAAUGGUAGAAUGUUUACUUAUAUUCUUGAAUAUUUGCGUACAAAUAUGGUACCGGAUAAUGUUAUGAACGAUAAAUCACUUCUUAAAAAGCUUAUCAUUGAAGCCGAAUAUUUUCGUUUGCAUAGUUUAAUGGAUAGAUUAGGCGUUAUUUAUUUUCCGAAUGGAUCAUUACUUCAACUUGCACAUCAGAAAAAAUUGAAUGAAUUUUAUGGUAAGAUUUAUCAACAAUGGGAAUUGAUUUACAAAGCAUCACGUAAUGGAUUUGAUGGAAAUACAUUUCAUUCACUUUGUAAUAAUCAAGGACCAACAAUGACGAUUAUUCAAUCAAAUAAUAACUAUCUGUUUGGAGGUUAUACAGCUAUACCGUGGAGUUCGAGUUAUCAUUCAUAUACGAAUGAUACUACAGCAUUUUUAUUUACGAUAACCAAUCCUUAUAAUAUUCCACCGACUAAAUACUUGAUCAAUCCUCAUCAGAGAGGAUGUGCAGUUUAUCAUCACCGCGAUGAUGGCCCAAUAUUUGGAGGUAUCGGCUAUUUUCCACCAUUUAGAAGUGAUAACGAUAUCGUCGUGAAAAAUGGUAGCAAUGCAAGCGAUUCAAGCUACAUCGAUUUCCCUUAUUCAUAUCUUGAUACAACUGGAAAAGGUAAUAAUACAUUCACUGGAGCUCGAAACUUUACCACAUUUGACAUUGAAGUGUUCAAACUAGCUUAA